UGGAGGACUUUUGAGUCCUGACGCUGCCAUUAAUUUCCAAGGAAAAACCAGCCGCCAGCAGGUGGACCUUGUUAAUAAUUUGGGACCCUCUCUCGAAUAUGCAGAAUGUAAGAGGAUGAGGAGGAUCACUUUGUGAGUCCAUGUCUUAGAUGCAUAGUGAUGGGGCGUACUGCGCAGUCUGUUUCUCGUUUCUUCUCUCUUCGGAAGAAGAAACAAAAUGAUUGGGCGUUUCCAGAAGAAUUAUGCCGUCGUUUUACACUUGCUGAGAUCAGUGCAGCAACUCAAUGUUUCGACCAAACCUUAUGUAUUGGUGAGAGUGUCUUUGGCACAGUAUACAAAGGGCGUAUUAAGGUCGAUGGGGAUGCGGACAGGAAAGACGUCGUUGCAAUCAAGCGCUUUUCCGGAGAUUCAAUCCAGGGAGUGUGUGAGUUCAGGGCGGAGGUACAGCUACUAUGCCAGCUCCGCCACCCAAACCUCAUCUCUCUCGUUGGAUUCUGCCAAGAAAAUGGAGAUUGUUUCAUUGUCUACGACUACGUGCCCAACGGUACCCUCUCUGAUUACCUCUUUGAUCCUUCCAAUAUUAAAAAUAAAGAUCCCUUUCCCUUGACUUGGAAGCAAAGGUUGAAAAUUUGUAUUGGGGUGGCUCGCUCAAUACACUACCUUCACGCGGGGGUUAAGCAUGCUGUCAUCCAUCGAGACAUAAAAUGCUCCAUCAUUCUAUUAGACCAAAACUUGGUGCCCAAGCUUUCUGGCUUCGCGUUGUCCAAGAUGGGUCCUCCUGUCUUGUCAAAUCCAUUAAUCAAAUUAAACUUGCCGGUGUCUGGUACAAUCGGGUAUCUUGAUCCAGAGUAUGUAUCUUCCGGGCAACUUACCGAAAAAUCUGAUGUCUUUUCAUUUGGAAUGGUGUUAUUCGAUGUGUUGUGUGCCAAAACUUAUGCAAAAUUGUUAAUAGAAAGCCCGGACGGCAGCGUGAUUUUCCCGGAUAUGAUUGAUCCAUUUCUGAAGGGAAAAGUAGCUCCGGAUUGUUUGAAAAAAAUUAUGAACAUCGCCGUGAGAUGCCUGCGUCUGAGAGGAGCUGAACGGCCCACGAUGGGUGAAGUGCAGGUGGAACUUGAGUGCGCACUGGAGUUGCAGGAAAGGGCAGACGCCGUCAAGCAGCCCAAGGAGUUGGGGACAAGUGCAAGCACUUCUCUUGCUCCUCCUCUUCCUGCCCAUGACAUGGAGGACUAUACCUACGAAAAUAUAUCAUUUUCUGAGAUCAAUGAAACUUUCUGUAUAUUAGUGAGCUUCAUUUAGUACUGAUGAGGCAGCUUCUGUUGAUAGUAUUGCUAGCCUUGAUCCUAACAGGGAAGCAAUAACAUAUAAGAAAUAUUGGGUGAUAUGCAAUAACUAUACUCUUGAAAGAAAUAAACUUUGGUUUAUCCAUCUGAGGAA